AUGAGUAUGCCAGAGCAUAUUUAUUACAUUUGGUCUGUUCCAAGUCUGCCCCUUAAUCCAUUUACGCGGGCUCGUUUCGAUGUUUUCCCAGUCAAGCGUCUGCUGUUGCGCCAGAUGAAUUUGCGAGAAGUGUACGACCAGAUCUUCAAUUGUUCCAACAGCCUGGAUCCCUGUCAUUCGGCCCUUCAGACCAGCUAUUUCGGCCAGUCGGCUGGACUGCGCCGCCUGCCGGCCCUCGGCGACAGCAUAGGCCCUCGGGCUCGUCGAAGCGCUCGCUAUUGGCCCAAUCCGACCAGCUUCGUGAGCUCCGUCGAGACCGGCGCGACGUCCGCAGGCGGCAUUGCGGGUCUGGAGAGUCUGUACGAACUAACCAGCCGCAACUCUUCUCUCGACACGGACCCGGAGCGCCGAGACACCGGCCGGCCGGGCUCGUCAUUCUUCCUGUCGACGUCGUCAGCCGCUGUCGUCCGAAAGCCGGCGGCCGCGGCUUCUGCCCUACAGCAGGCCUUGAACAUGGUACGGACGGUCGACGACUACAUCCGCAAGCCGCAACCCGGCGAUCCGGGCCACUUGGGCCGGUCGGCCUCGCUCGAGGCCACCAUCAGCCUGGCGCGCACCAUCGAGACCGACCUCUCGCAGGCUUCGUUUCCGGGCCGACUGCCCGUGAAGCGGACAUCCUCUCUUCUGCCCUACGACGACAACGACGACUGGCCGCCUGAUCUGAGUCCCAGCACUCGCUUGACCCCGCCUCGCGGUGACACGGACGGACAGAAGCUCGAGCCCGGUCAGCCGGAACGACGGUCGCCAGGGAAGCCGACUGUCUCGACGACGUCAAGCUUCGCCUUGGUCAGGUCGCAUCGGACGGACUCGUCUGCCGGACGUCCGACACGGUCGGGGGCCACGGACGAGGAAUGGCAAUCGGCUCAAACGGACCAGCUCGACGAGUCGUCCGGUCUCGGCAAGUCGAUCGUCUGGAGCGAGGCCGACGAAGCCGACGAGGAGGCCAACGAGGCGGACUGUCUGCCUCGGCCCAGUCUACCCUCUUCGUCUUCAUCUUCAUCGCCUCCUCCUCCUCCGGAGCCGUCGUCGCCGCCGUCACUGUCGCCACAGCAGCCGAGUGUAUCGUGUCCGUCGACGGGACUCGGACUCGGCAGCGGCGGCGGAUCUCGGACGCGUCGGAGUCGGCCAAAACGGCUGACCAGAGAGGCAGAUGCGUCGUCAACUCGACCGGCGAGAUCGUCGUUCGCGUCGACGUCGUCCGAGCUGAUUGCCACCGAAGCGAGUCGUUCGGCUCGUCAAACGGCGACGACGUGUCAAAGCGGCGAGCCGGUGUGGAGUCCCCAUUUGCAACCGACCAAAAUGGGUCCAUUUCAAUGCUGGAUCAUGUGGGCCGAUCUUCAACAGGCGCUACCUUUGCCCAGACUCAUCAACGGUUUGGCCAGUCGAAUCCUACGCAAACCGGCCGCAUUUGAGAUGAACAAGCAGACAGUAGAGAUCAUCGAUAAGGUGGCCAACCUGACGCAAAGUCGAGGUCUGAGUCUGCGUCGCUUCUUCAGCCAACGUCAUCGUUUUCCCUGGAUCGACGGGUUGGACGGCGAGACUAUCGGCUCCAAGACUAUCGGACAACAAUGGCUGGCCGGCCGGGACUUGGACCUCGACCGGGACCGGGCUCGAAGUCAAGCUCAGGCUCGGAUUAGUUCGGUCUGUCGACAAACCGAGAGCCUAGCUUCGAUGCGCGGCGGCAAAGAACCCUUUCUGCCGGAGCUAUUCGUCAAGUCGGGCUUCGGCCUCACGCCUCAGUCGUCGUAUCUGAGGUCGGUGAAGGGGCCGGCGACGAGUCAUCUGGUCGGAGAACACCCGUUGGCCGGCCGGCCGAGCAGGUUCUGCUUCUCGGGGCUCGAUCGUCAAGAGGGUCUGUCGAGCCAGGCCCAGUCGACCGAGGUACAGCAGCAUCGUCUUCUCGUCGAGACGAGGGAGCCGGACGGCCAGACGCCGACGGCCAAACGGAGCGUGAAAAUGGCGCCCUACAUUUGCUCGAGGCCACUGCCACUUCGGCCGGGCCAGAGGGUUCGCUUUGUGCUGCCGGAUGAGAUCGCCGCUGGGACGACAAUCUCCGCGCCACCGGCGGGGAUCGGAGAGAAGCGAGAGGAGACUUCGUCUGGUCCGUCGAGUGAUGGGAAAACUGGCAGCAAAGUAGGUGUUCCCUUUGAGGAGAGUGGGCUGAUUUGGCACAGCUGA